CUCCCUCUUACUUCUAUUUUCUUACCUUAGAAAAACAAAAGAUCGUUUAUUUUUUGCUUUCUUAUCGACGCCAUGGCACCUAACGGGGUCGUCUCCGACAAGAGUUCAAUCGUGAGUUUCGGUGAGAUGCUCAUCGACUUCGUCCCCACCGUCUCCGGCGUUUCUUUAGCUGAAGCUCCAGGCUUCCUCAAAGCCCCCGGUGGAGCCCCAGCCAACGUGGCGAUUGCCGUCUCAAGACUAGGCAGUAAAGCAUCCUUCAUCGGAAAACUCGGCGACGAUGAGUUCGGUCACAUGCUUGCCGAUAUUCUCAAGCAAAACGGAGUCUCUGGUGACGGGAUCUUAUUUGACCAAGGUGCUAGGACCGCUCUUGCCUUCGUAACUCUACGCGCCGACGGAGAGCGUGAGUUCAUGUUUUAUAGGAAUCCCAGUGCUGACAUGCUGUUGACGCCGGAGGAAUUGAAUCUUGAUCUUAUAAGAUCCGCCAAAGUAUUCCACUACGGAUCAAUAAGUUUGAUCGUAGAGCCAUGCAGAUCGGCUCACUUAAAGGCAAUGGAAGUGGCCAAAGAAUCAGGUGCUUUGUUGUCAUAUGAUCCAAACCUUCGGCUGCCACUUUGGCCUUCAGCCGAUGAGGCCAGGAAACAGAUAUUAUCCAUCUGGGAUAAGGCCGAUAUUAUCAAGGUCAGCGAUGUUGAGCUAGAGUUCCUCACCGGUAGCAACAAAAUCGACGAUGAAACUGCUAUGAAACUUUGGCGCCCCAACUUGACACUACUCUUGAUCACCCUCGGUGAAAAGGGUAGCAUGUAUUAUACCAAGUACUUCCAUGGGUCAGUGGAUGCAUUCCAUGUGAAUACAGUGGAUACAACUGGCGCCGGGGACUCUUUUGUUGGUGCUUUACUAUGCAAGAUCGUGGAAGACCCAACCAUACUUGAGAAUGAAUCGAAAUUGAGGGAGGUACUGAAAUUCGCAAAUGCAUGUGGAGCCAUAACCACAACCAAGAAGGGAGCAAUCCCAGCCCUUCCAACCGAGGCUGAAGUCCUUGCCUUAAUCAAUGGAGCUUAGGAUUAUUAGCAGCAAACUUCAAUAAUCUAUGCUCAUCUUUUUCUUUUUUUAAUUUCUUACAUUUCAGAGAGAGGGUUUUGAAAGGUAUCGAUUUUUUCUUCCCCUCUUUUGAUUUCCUUUUUCCCUCGUUUUUCCUCCAUCCCUCCCUGUGUAGUGUUGUUAGGCUUUGUGCUUUCAAGGGGAGUAGGAAUAAAAAUAAACCUUUAAUUUUUCUUUUACCAGUCAUAAAUUUCAUGUUUGAGUUUGAGUUUAA